AUGUCCAGCAAGGAAGUGAAGACUGCUCUAAAAAGUGCUAGAGAUGCAAUCAGAAACAAAGAAUACAAAGAAGCUUUGAAACAUUGUAAGACAGUGUUAAAACAAGAGAAAAAUAACUAUAAUGCCUGGGUUUUUAUUGGUGUUGCUGCAGCUGAGCUAGAACAACCUGACCAGGCCCAGGGUGCCUAUAAGAAAGCUGCUGAACUAGAGCCAGACCAAUUACUAGCUUGGCAGGGAUUAGCAAGCUUGUAUGAGAAAUGCAAUCACAUAAAUGCUAAGGAUGACUUACCUGGUGUUUACCAAAAGCUUCUGGAUCUUUAUGAAAGUGUUGACAAACAGAAGUGGUGUGAUGUCUGCAAGAAACUUGUGGAUCUGUAUUACCAAGAAAAGAAACACCUAGAGGUGGCUCGAACAUGGCACAAAUUGAUAAAGACACGGCAGGAAGAAGGUGCAGACAACCAAGAGCUUCAUCAGCUAUGGAGGAAAUUGACUCAGUUGCUGGCUGAGAGUACUGAGGAUCAGAAUAAUGAAACUCAGCAACUGCUUUUAACUGCUUUUGAAAAUGCACUGGACUUAUCAGAUAAGAUUCCUAGUGAAGAUCACCAAGUGCUUUAUAGGCAUUUCAUUCAGUGUUUAUCCAAAUUUCCUCAUGAGACUGCUAGGCUGAAGAAGGCCUGUGAAGGAAUGAUAAACAUCUAUCCUACUGUACAGUAUCCAUUAGAAGUGCUUUGUUUGCAUUUAAUUGAAUCAGGAAGUCUUACUGAUGAGGGACAGCAAUUUUGUUGUAGACUAGUGGAAAUGAAUCCAAAAAGUGGUCCAGGCCUCAUUGGCUUAGGCGUUAAAGCAUUACAAGACAAAAAGUAUGAAGAUGCUGUUAGGAACCUAACAGAAGGGUUAAAGGAAAGCCCCCUGUGCACAAUUGGAUGGUAUCAUCUGGCAGAAGCCCAAGUCAAAAUGCAUAGACCUAAAGAAGCUGUUUUUUCAUGCAGUCAAGCUCUGAAGAACAUAGAUAAUCUGGGUGUGUCUGGUAGCAGUCUUCAUCAGAAGAAUCUUUGUCUUCAUUUGAAAGCAGAAGCAUUGAUCAAACUCUCAGAUUAUGAAUCUUCAGAGGAAGCACUUCGUACUCUUGAUCAGGUCUCUGAUGCAGAUAAUAUCCCUGGACUUUUAGUUCUUAAAAGCUUGGCUUAUGUGAACAAAGACUCAUUAGAUGAAGCUACAAAGAUUGUGGAAGACCUUCUCUCUUCUUACCCUGACCUAGCUGAAGCUCAUGCCCUUGAGGGUUCGAUUCAUUUUACCAAAAAGGACUAUCUACAAGCAGAAAAAUGUUUUCAGAGAGCACUUGAGAAAGGUGCUGAAGUUGCUGAAUAUCAGUACCAACUUGGGUUAACAUACUGGUUUAUGGGUGAAGAGACAAGAAAAGAUAAAACAAAGGCUCUUACCCACUUUCUGAAGGCCGCAAGACUGGAUACAUAUAUGGGCAAAGUUUUCUGCUAUUUAGGUCAUUAUUACAGAGAUGUAGUGGGAGAUAAAAACAGAGCCCGUGGAUGUUACAGGAAAGCUUUCGAAUUAGACGACACUGAUGCUGAAUCUGGUGCUGCAGCAGUUGACCUAAGCGUGGAGCUUGAAGAUACGGAAACUGCCUUAGCUAUCCUAACAACAGUAACUCAGAAGGCAAGUGCUGGAACAGCAAAAUGGGCCUGGCUUAGGCGAGGACUGUACUAUUUGAAAGCCGGUCAACAUUCUCAAGCAGUGGCUGAUUUACAGGCAGCAUUAAGGGCAGACCCAAAGGAUUUCAAUUGUUGGGAAUCAUUAGGAGAGGCAUACUUAAGCAGAGGUGGCUAUACAACAGCCUUGAAAUCCUUCACGAAAGCCAGUGAGCUGAACCCAGAAUCCACAUACAGUGUGUUUAAGGUUGCAGCAAUACAGCAAAUCCUAGGCAAAUACAAGGAGGCUGUAGCUCAGUACCAGCUGAUCAUUAACAAGACAGAGGAUUAUGUGCCUGCUUUGAAAGGUUUGGGCGAAUGCUAUCUUAUGAUGGCAAAAGCAGCUCUAGUUGACUAUCUUGAUGGGAAAGCUGUAGACUACAUAGAAAAAGCACUGGAAUAUUUUACUUGGGCUCUGCAGCAUCGAGCUGAUGUGUCCUGCCUUUGGAAGCUAGUUGGGGAUGCUUGCACCAGUUUGUAUGCUCUCUCACCAUCUAAAGUGAAUGUUAAUGUUUUAGGAGUCCUUCUAGGUCAGAAAGAAGGAAAACAAAUAUUAAAGAAAAAUGAGCUCCUCCAUCUUGGAGCAAGGUGUUAUGGUCGUGCAUUAAAACUGAUGUCUACAUCUAAUACAUGGUGUGAUCUUGGAAUUAAUUAUUAUCGCCAAGCCCAACAUCUAGCAGAAACAGGCAGUGACAUGAAUGAUCUUAAAGAGUUGCUGGAGAAAUCUUUACAUUGUCUGAAAAAAGCAGUGAGACUCGACAGUAAUAAUCACUUAUACUGGAAUGCUCUUGGUGUGGUUGCGUGUUACAGUGGUAUUGGAAAUUAUGCCCUUGCUCAGCACUGUUUCAUCAAAUCAAUCCAGUCAGAACAAAUUAAUGCUGUUGCAUGGACCAACUUGGGAGUGUUAUACCUUGCAAAUGAAAACAUUGAGCAAGCUCAUGAAGCUUUCAAAAUGGCUCAAUCCCUUGAUCCAUCUUAUUUAAUGUGCUGGAUUGGACAAGCUCUUAUUGCUGAGACAGUUGGAAGUUAUGACACCAUGGAUCUCUUCAGGCACACUACAGAACUCAGUAUGCAUACCGAGGGAGCAAUAGGUUAUGCAUAUUGGGUCUGCACAACAUUGCAAGAUAAAAGCAACAGAGAAACAGAGCUUUACAAGUACAACAUCCUCCAGAUGAAUGCUAUUCCAGCAGCACAAGUUGUUUUGAGUAAAUACAUAGAAAGAAUUCAGAAUUAUGCUCCAGCUUUCACAAUGUUGGGCUACUUAAAUGAACAUCUACAACUGAAAAAGGAAGCAGCAGAUGCAUACCAAAGGGCAAUUUUGUUGUUACAGACUACGGAAGAUCAAGAUACUUGUAAUGUUGCAAUAAGAAAUUAUGGCAGAUUGUUAUGUUCUAUUGGUGAAUAUGAUAAAGCUAUAGAGGCCUUUAAGUCAACGCCCCUUGAAGAGUUAGAAGACAUCAUAGGUUUCGCGUUGGCUUUAUUUAUGAAGGGGCUAUAUAAAGAGAGCAGUGAAGCCUAUGAGAGAGCCUUGUCUAUUGUUAAAUCAGAGCAAGACAAAGCCCAUAUCUUGACAGCUCUGGCAAUAACAGAAUAUAAACAAGGAAAAAUGGAUGUAGCCAAGACAUUGCUAUUUAAAUGCUCUAUCUUAAAGGAACCAACUGCAGAAAGCCUUCAAGCCCUGUGUGCACUAGGGUUGGCAAUGCAAGAUGCUACCCUGUCAAAAGCAGCACUUAAUGAGUUACUGAAGCACAUCAAACGCAAAGACAAUGAUUAUCAGAGGUGCCUUCUUACUUCAGCAAUUUAUGCACUCCAAGGCCGCAGUGUGGCCGUGCAAAGACAAACCUCUAAAGCUGUUCACAGUAACCCGGGUGACCCUGCUCUUUGGUCUCUGUUGUCCCGAGUUGUUGCUCAAUAUGCUCAACGAAAUGCAAAGGGAGGCGCUGUAGCAGGAAACGUGGCUCAUAUUCUGGACUCAAAUCAUGGGAAGAAGGCAUUACUGUAUACUGCAGUAAAUCAGUUGGCAAUGGGAAGCAGUUCAGCAGAAGAUGAAAAGAAUAUUGCACUAAAGACCAUUCAGAAGGCAGCACUCCUUUCUCCAGGUGACCCUGCUAUCUGGGCCGGGCUAAUGGCAGCCUGUCAUGCAGAUGACAAACUGGCUCUAGUGAACAACUCUCAGCCAAAGAGGAUAGAUUUGUACUUGGCAUUGUUAUCUGCCGUUUCUGCUUCAAUUAAAGACAAAGAAUUCUUUGAAAAUUACAACCAAUCUCUUGAAAUGUGGUCUCUCUCACAAGCUGUCACUGGUCUAAUAGAUACUGGAAGAAUAUCUGAAGCUGAGGCUCUCUGCACAAAGGUAUUGUUAUGGAAUGUGCAUUGAAAUUCAUGGAUUUUUAUCUUGGAAAACAACUUCAAAAAUGAAGUAUUGUGUUUGCCUGUGUUGUCUUCCCAGAAGUGUUUUUUAAAAGAUCAUAGAAUAACAGAGUGUCCUAAACUAAAAUCCUCUACAUCCUUCUCCCUUUUUGUUCCUUAGUGGUUGGCACAUGUGUAUCAGUCCCAAGGAAUGAUGGGUGCUGCAGAGAUGUGUUAUAGAAAGAGUCUACAAGUGGCAUCCCAACAGGGCAGUUGGAGUGGGAAACUUUCAAGUCUGUUGAAACUAGCACUACUUGCAUUAAAAGUCUGCAUGGCUAACAUUUCCAGUGAUCACUGGCCACCCUUGGUUCAAGAGGCUACAACUGAGGCCUUGAAACUUUGCUUUUGUCCACUGGCUGUUCUCUUACAAGCUUUGUUACAAUUCAACCGCAAAAUGGGGGCAAGAGAAACACGACGUCUUUUGGAGAGAGUGGUGUAUCAGCCUGGGUAUCCCAAAUCUAUUGUAUCAACUGCACGUUGGUACCUACUGAGACACUUAUAUGCCAAAGAUGACUAUGAGCUCAUUGACGUGCUGGUAAACAAUGCCAAAACUCACGGAGAUACAAGAGCAUUGGAACUGAAUCAGAAAUUGUCUUCACAAUAAUAUUGGAUUAUUUUAUAGUAAGGAAGCAAAGAAAAAACUGUCAAAUGACAGCAACUGUCAAAAGCAGUAGAUCAGGACUUUUUCCCAAAGCAACAUUUUUAAAAACUAUAGUUAUAAUCAUUCAUUUUUUUUCUUUUUUAAGUGUAAAGAAGUUUAAGUUUUUAAGUUAGGAAUGUAAUUUUCCAUUAACUCUUAAUCUGAUUUUAAUCUGGAAAAAAAUCUUUGGGAAGUCCAUAAUGAAAGGAAAACCAUGAUUCCCUGGGUUGCUCAACAAUUAUUUGUAAGCCAUUAUUUUCUGCAUCUUGCAUGGUGCACAAUAGAAUAUCUUGUUUUGUAAGCCCUUACAGUAAAGCCUUAAUAGCCA